AUGGCGAUGGAACAGACAUAUACUCUUGAGGUUGAGCCGGUAGCGAUUUUACGUUGGCCAGUGAGCGCAGAGGAGUUAGAGGAGUACGCGACGAUGAUGUACGGUUGGGAUGAAGCAGCGGCGCAUGAUGGAUUUACUCUUAAGGUCUUGCACUUUCAAGGCUACGACGUCGUGGUCAGGCUCUGGUCGCCUCAAUCUGACGGCCAUGUGGAUUCGCCCCAAGACGACAUUCUCUCCUGUUUCAAGACACGUCGCUGCGACGAUACGGAUCAAGAUGAAGAAGAAGUUUGUUGCAUAUGUCUAGACGAUAUGUACCGUGGAUCGGUGACUACAUUGGAUUGCAGCCACGAAUUUCAUCCCGACUGCAUACGGCGAUGGCUCGUCUGCGGCGAGAACUUCUGCCCCCUCUGUAAAGCUCCGGCGAUUAAGUGA